GUCAGGCAAGCCGUACAAACUACCCUGUUGCAUGACUCAAGAGGAACUGACUCGUGUAUUAGGUCGGUACGAGCAUGGUUUCUUUUCUGGUCGUCCCACCGAUGUCCCUUGGAUGACUGCCUUGCGAUCGUCGAAAUGGAUGUGCACGAAAUGCAGCCGGAACCGCUAGCAAGAAGCAUCUACUCGGUGUCCGACCGUGACAUAAGCACGUCCGAAAGACUUGCUGCACAGACGCCAGAUGCCUGCGAAUGGUUUCAUGCUACUCUUGAUCGCGCUGGUGCCGAAAGGCUGCUCCUACCGCAAGGAGAGGAUGGCCUGUUUCUAGUACGUCCAAGUGGGUCGUCACCGGGGGAUUUUGCACUGAGUGUGGCGGAGGGAGGCCAGGUGCUCCACCUUCAAGUGCACAGACACCGGGAAGAUGCCUUCUUCAGUGUAAACGGGGGCCCUGUUGUGCAUGGGCUGGAGGAGCUGGUGUUCCAGGGCAGCCAAGAAGGUGGGGCACCUUGGGGGCAACCGUUAGGGCGUCCCUGCCCGGGAGGAGGGCCGCCUCCACCUGAUACACGACGCCAUGGCCGCACCAAUCUGCUGCACCGGGCUACCAGGCAAGGCGACCUGGUGGUGGUGAACGAGCUGCUGCGAGUUGGCUAUGCGACCGAGGCCAAGGACGAACAAGGCCGCACAGCCGUGCACCUGGCAUGCCUUGCUGGACACACCGAACUUCUGGCGGCUCUGCUGGCGGCUGGUGCAGCUCCAUCUGGCCCCGACAUCUGUGGCCGGCAUCCUUUGCAUUAUGCAUGUGAGUGGCCGGAUGCUGAGAUGGUCAAGGAGCUGCUGUCGGCAGGAGCCAGUGCACAGGCACGUGAUGCUGAUAAUGGCUGGGUGCCAUUGCAUGUGGCAGCCGCACGGGGCCAUGCGUGUGUGGUGCGUGCUUUACUUGACCAUGGGGCGCCAGCAAGGCCACGCACCUUGCGACAUGAGCUACCCGCUGAUCUGGCUGCCCAAGGGAGGCACUCUGACUGUGUUCAUGUGCUCGAGGUGUAUGAGAGACCCACGUCAACCUAUGGGAAGGGUUCUUGGCUUCAUCCUCCUCAUGUGGACCGAGAGUGUGCAGCACGGCUUCUAUCUACGACUGAAGAAGGCACUUUCCUCUUGCGGCGUGGCCGGCGAAGCUCAUAUGUACUCUCACUGGCUGGGCCUACAUCAAUCUACCACUUUGAAAUACAUUCCCAGGGCCCAUACGUGCACAUAGACGAUGGCCCGCUCCUGUCAUCUCUGGAGCACUUGGUGGCCCACUACAGCAAUUUUGAGGAUGGUCUGCCUGUGCGCCUUGCUCAGCCUCUUGCGCCAGAUGAGCCGCCACCUGUGGGACCCCGUUCUCUCACGUCACAGCGACAGACACCCACAAUGACGGCUGUGAUUAGCCGAGAUUCACUCCGUCUGGGUCAGACGCUGGGGGAAGGAGAGUAUGGCUCUGUUCUGCAAGGUCUGUGGCUGACCUCUGAAGGUACUGAGGUGUCUGUGGCAGUGAAAAAACUGCGGGAGGUGUCAGCCAGUGAAGGCUUUGCACGCGAGGCUGAGCUCAUGGUGGACUUGCGGCACCCAUGCAUUGUGCGACUGUUAGCCAUCUGCCUGGGACCGCCACUCAUGAUGGUGCAAGAGCUCCUGCCGUUAGGCUCCCUGUUGGGCUACCUGCAGGAACGUUGUGGGCCCGUGUCCAUGGAGGAGGAUGUGCCACGAUGGGCACACCAGGUGGCAUGUGGCAUGGCCUACCUGCAGGCUCGCCGCUUUGUGCACCGAGACCUGGCUGCCCGCAACCUCUUGCUUGCCUCCCGUAUGCAGGUCAAGAUUAGUGAUUUUGGGUUGUCUCGCGCACUCGCCAUGGGAAGUGACUACUAUCGUGCGACCACAGGUGGACGAUGGCCUCUCAAGUGGUACGCCCCUGAAUCUGUAAACUUUGGCACAUUCUCACAUGCCAGUGAUGCCUGGAGCUUUGGCAUCACUCUCUGGGAGAUGUAUACUCUUGGGGAGCUCCCAUAUGGCUCACUCACCGGGGUGCAGGUGCUGGCACUGGUGGAAAGAGGAGAGCGCCUGGUGCAACCAGAGGGCUGUCCCGACUGGGCGUAUGCAGCUAUGCAGCACUGCUGGCGGCUCUCCCCUGAUGAAAGGCCGCCCUUUUCCGAUCUGGCUGCGCUGUUUGCUGCACACAGUAGUCAACACCUCUGUGCUGGAUGCGAUGACACUGCCCAUUAAAAAGGCUGGUCAGCAUUCAGUGGAA